AUGUCGACACCAGCUCAGCAACAAACAUACAUCCCCAGCAAGGUCUUGAAGACCGACUACCCUCUCAUCGACAAUGACCCGCAUUUCAAGCGGGUGGUUGCCUAUGCGAGGCCCUCAGAUUACGCCCACGGCGCUGCAGCUGCCGCAUUCGGGCCUGGUCUUCUCUACACCAUGGAGAGAUUCGCGCCAUCAUACGUCGGACGUGGCGGUUUCGCAAGAGCUAUGAGACUGGCAGGUUCUGUCGGUGCUAUCGGAGGUUUCCUCUACUUCUACGCAAGAUCGACAUACCGAUUCUACGGAAUGACCGAGAACUCAAGAGAGAUCAAGCUGGACAUGGACGAGAUGGUUGCCAAGGUCAAGGCUGGCGAGACACUCUACGGCGAGAGCAGAUUGACCCCUCACAUGCAAGGUGUGGCUGCGCGACAGGGCAGAUACUCGGCUUUGUUCCUGUACGGAAUGCCCUGGUUCAACUUCGUCAACCAUCCUCAGCACGGUGUCGACACUGCCAAGUACUACAGAGAAGCCGAGAGACAACUGGAGGCAGAGCGGACAGGCGCAGCACAAGAUGAGGCGACUAAGCUUCUGUAA